UGCAAGGCUGAACCCCCACAAAGCUGCUGGACCAGAUGCCGUUUCAACUUUUAUGUCCCCCGAAGUCGGAUUUUCCGAAAGUGUUUACAUGCACUUGUGCACUUAAGGAAUUUUUUUUGGUUGGUUUCAGUUUGCUUAUCAGGAGCACAUUGGGGUUGAAGACUCGGUGCUCUACAUGCUCCACAAAGCUCACUCUCACCUGGACAAGGGGUUACGUUAGAGUGAUGAUUAUUGACUUAUGUAGAGUUUUUAACACAAUUAGGCCUGAUACCCUGGGGAAACUGGAGGGAAUGGGGGUGGACCACUUCCUUACCUCCUGGAUUAUGGAUGAUCAGAAAGAACGGCUGCAGUUUGUGAGGUUGCAGAACCAGGAUUACGUCAGAAAGCUCCACCAUCCACCCUCCUCUCUCUCUCCUCCUGGGUGUGGACAUAAAAAGAGACAGAGACACCCACAGAUGGACCAGUCCAUCAGAGACACCAGAGACGUCCUCGUGAACAGCCUCAUCGUCCAUCAACGCUGCACAGGCUCUCUGCCGGCUGAUUGGCCCCCUCCAACAUGGCCCGCCUCCUGUUCUACCUGUCUGCUCUGGGCCUGCUGGCAGGUGCUGCUGCAAAGGUGGUUGUAGUUCCUACGGAGCUCAGCAUCAGCUCAUGUCCCAUCACGUAUUAUGGACGGACCUAUGAACGUGUCUAUGUGAACUUCCCCACUGAAAACGUUGUCUUGUGUUUCGACGGCUUCUACAACCCUGAUGCUGGAGGAGACUGUAUUCUGGCACCUCCAUCCAAGAACUCAGGAUCUGAUUACGGUGGAUUGGGUAUAAUACCAUCUAGAGUUGAUUGGCGUGAAACACGUAUCCACGACAAUGUGCCAACCAUUACCAGCACCAUGGACUGUUUUAUAUAUUUUCGUCUGUUUUUAAACAACAGAUAUUAUUUUGUCAGUCUAUAUGCGUUUGGGAAAGAAACCGUUGUGCUGACACAAUUAGAUUACCCUGACACCUUGGAGCUUGAUAUGAAGGUUAAUGGUUCUACAGUCGAUACACUGACUCAUACACGCACUGCAGAAGACAAAUUACGGUUUGUAUACAUGGACAUCAGCGGAUGCAGACACUCAGGUGUUCUGUAUAGAGCAGGUGAAGUACUGAGUUCUGAUCCAGAAACCUGCACCACUGUCACCUGUGAUGACGGAGCCUUCCAACGCUCUACCUGUGGUCCCCUGGAGCGUUGUCAAGGCAACCACACCUGCAUGUUGGACACCACCUGCACUGUGACCGGCCCCACUAUCAUCGACGUCCAUGGCCAAGUUAACUCUGUCCAGGACCGGUGUGCGUACCCUCUGGUCUCAGUCCCAGACUUGGACGUGUUGGCCACCUUCCAGGAACGGCGUCGUACAGAUGUGAGCUUUGUGGACAGUGUGACACUGGUUCUGGGCGACCCAGCCAUUCACAUUCACCUGGAACAGGACGGGAGAGUCCGGCUGAACGACUCAGCGCUGACCCUCAACAGCUCGGCUCAGCUGGUUCACGGUGUGGAGCUCUCUAAGGACCAAAGUGGAGUCACCGCCAAGGUGUCGCUCUCCAACUACACCACUUCUGUCUUCUUUGAUGGCAGCACUGCACAGAUCCGUGUGGAAGGUGCACCUGGAUCUCCUCUCCAGGGCCUGUGUGGAAACUCCAGUGUGUCUCUAAGUGGACUGAGUCUCUCUGCCUACAGCUCCCCCAGCUGUGAGAAGCAGUACCCUGACACUGCUGACAGUACGAUCAACUGCAACAUGACGAGUGAACGCUGCAACCUCCUGAAGGAGGCGCCCUUCACCACCUGUACCAUGGACCCAGAGCCCUACAUAACCGCCUGCAUCGACACCUUGUGCACAUAUCCUGCACUGGAUGGUCUCAACUGUCAGUUCCUGGAAGCCUACGCCAGAGCCUGCAGCCUGUACAGCGACGGCACACUGGAAGGCUGGAGGUCAAAGGCCAGCUGCCCUGCCCCUGAGGCCUUCUGUCAGGACAGGACCUGCAGCGCUCAUGAGUUCUGUGGUGAGAGGACGGUCGGUGGUGAAUCUGGCUGCUUAUGUCGGGCCAUUUUUGCCUCCAAGUACAGAUCGACAAAGUCUUUGGGUGAUCCAGCAGUCUGCAGCCAGAACUCUGCUUCCCUGACUCUGGUCGGUUGUCUCCUGGUGGAAAAAGGCAUCGACUUCUCUGCGUUGCACCUCAACGACCCAGACUGCGUGGGUCAGAUGGACGAGGAGACCCACAUGAUGACCUUCAGCUUUGACAGCAUCAACAGCUGUGGGACGGUGUUCACGGCCAACAACAGCCAGAUUAUCUACAAGAACACCAUCAAGACCCAGAACAAUUCCUCCAACAUCAUCACUCGCCAAGACCAAUUCUCCAUCGACUUCUCCUGUGUCCACACUCAGCCGGACAUCAAGACGAUGGCCUUCAGAAUCAGAGACAGCUCUGUGAUCCAGCAGAUCACAUCUGGAGCUUGGAAUUACUCUCUGACCAUGACGGCCUUCACCGAUGCCGGCCGCACACAAGCCGUGGAGUCCAACACUGAAGUUCUGCUGAACCAGAAGAUCUGGGUGGAGCUGGUGACGGAUGGGCUGGAUGGAAACAUGGUCGCCGUGGUGACCGACUCCUGCUGGGCAACCGAUCAGCCAUCGCCCACCGCCACUCAGAAAUACGACCUGAUCAUUAAAGGCUGUGCCAACCCUGCCGACCAGACUGUGAAUGUGGAGGGAAACGGACUGGGAACCUCCAACUACUUCUCCUUCGACCUGUUCCAGUUCUCUGGGAACUCUGGUGACAUCUACCUGCAUUGCAACCUCCAGCUGUGUGUGAAACAGGAGAACAACUGUGCGCCGGUUUGUAACAGAGCUGUUCGGAGACGUAGAUCUGCCAGGUCCGGAUAUGAAGGUGAAGGUGCAGCCUUGAUCAGCAUGGCCUGGACUAAUUAGGUGGUUUCCACGGUGACUCGGACUGACCGACAGACGGCCGACCUCCACGAUGAUCCCUGACUUUUGACUGGUCCUGAUCCAGAGGCUGGACGUGUGAAAGGAUGAAGCUGCUGGAAUCAGCAGCUGUUUUAGUGGAAGUGUUGUGAGGACGGGACCAAACUGUCAUCUCUGAGACAUAUUUUCUGUUUUUUACUAUUGACAUGGUGGAGGGUCCAUUACAUUUAUAUUCUAACCAAAUGAAUAUAUCAGAGGAACGUCCACCCCUGAAACUCUAAUCACUGUGUCCUCCGUCACUACAUCUCCCAGCAUGCAUGGGGGCGCUGCAGGACCUCCCAGGAGACCUGUAGGCUGUCACAUGUUCACCCUCAGAGAGAUGUCUGCUGUCAGGUUUCAUACGAGGCCUCCAACCAAAGAGGCAUCUUGACUUCUCAGGCUGUUUGAGAUGUUUUAGACAGAAGAGGUGAAACCAUCCAGUACUAGACCAGAACCCAGAGAUUAGAGGAGAUACGGGCCGGGGUCGUAACGCCAUGUAAAGGUGAUGGGGUCAUUUGAACAUUAGCUGUGUAACAAGCUGGUAGUCGAGGCUAAACUUGAAAGGAGGACUAACAGAAUCCGCUUCCUUCCAGUUUGACUUGUAGAAGCCUUUAGUUGGAUUCGGGCUGUGUGGGUUGUUUGAUGGUGAUCUAAAGAAGAGGAAGGAUGGAUUAGGACUCUGAAGCUCUCACUUGGACAGAUCUGAAUGUCAUUUAAGAGCCGAUAAAAACCAGAGUGAACGUAGCUCAGAGUCGAGACAAGAAUCAAAGAGUUGAGCUGCAGUCACUUGUUAACAGACAGAACCAAGAGAGGACUGGAGCUGAGCGCGCUGAUGCUCAGUUACAUUUACCUCCGGCUUUUAAUGUCCGCUCAGUGCUCCCUUAAGGUGGACGGACCGGUCCGUAUGUAUGGGUCCAUCCAACCAAAGAUAAAGCCUGGAGGCAGAUAAAGCCGCCCAGAGCUGCAGUCUGAGCAACACAACACUGUGAGCAACAGCAUGAAAGGCUGCAGUCAAGUCCAGCAACAUCAGCAUUGACCUGAAUCUGCAGCACAGACCAUUUAGUGUUUGUCUGGAAGCUGAUUGGAAAGUGCAGAGCAUGUGUUCCAUCCUUCCUCCCAGAAAAGACACCAGAGUCCAACUUGUAGCUGCUAACUUUCUAUGUUCUGUUGAUUUGAGGGGACAGUUCAGCUGCUCUGCUCCGUCUCCUUCAUUCUCUCACUGUUUGUUCAGCAUGCAAAGACCAAAAAAA